AUCCACACUCGUUCUCUCGCACAGCCCUAGUGAUUCAACCCUGAUUUCCAGCGAACAGACGGGAUGCCAAAAAGUGAGGACCGGUGAAGAGCUUGUUCGCGCUGAAGAAGUCUCUUGAAGAGAUAGCGAAGGGAAGCAGACGCAACAAAACAAGACGAGAAGCUGCGUGCUUUCUCCGCGGCAACUUGCGCACAGUGCCAGAGUUUUAGCGGCAGUAUUGUUCUGACUUCACUCCAGAGGGGCCACUCGGAGGAGAGAGGACGCACACAAAAGGGAAAAGGAAAGGACUAACGAGCACGCUUUGUCGUUUGAAGUAAUGGUCCUGCGGUCUUAGAUCCUAGAUUUCUCUGUCUCUCUCUCCCCUCUCUGUUUCUUUCCAUUUUUCUUUUUUUGAGAUUUUUUUCGUCGGUUUGUGUCCCCCUUUGUCGCCGCGAGAGAGUGGACGCACCGGGGGCUCGAGGAGCAGAAGCGGGGCUGUCCACAUGGUCCAACCACUGGCGUGAAAGUUGACUUCUUCAGAAAACCAGAGAACAGGUGCCAGUGAUGAUGGUGGAAUCAGCCUCUGAGACCAUUCGAACGGCACCGUCCAACCAAAACGGAGUCAGCAGCCUAAGCAGCCAAUCAGAUGGAGGGGGAGGUAGAGAGGGUGGAUCUAACGGAGACACCAAUGGAGAGAUUAGCCCGGUCGACUUACUGCACCUGCAACAGCAACAGGCGCUCCAGGCAGCCAGACAGUUCCUCCUCCAGCAGGCCUCUGGACUCAACUCUCCUGGCAACGAGGUCAAACAGAGCGCUGUGCAGGUGCCUGUAUCCAUGGCUAUGAUGAGUCCACAGAUGAUCACUCCUCAGCAGAUGCAACAGAUCCUGUCCCCCCCUCAGCUCCAGGCCCUGCUGCAGCAACAGCAGGCUCUAAUGCUACAGCAGUUACAGGAGUACUACAAGAAGCAGCAAGAGCAGUUGCAUCUCCAGCUUCUGUCUCAGCAGCAGCAGCAGCAGCAGCAGCAACAACAACAGCAGCAGCAGCAGCAGCAGCAACAGCAGCAGCAGGCCGGGAAGCAAGCAGCAAAAGAGCAGUUAGGCAGUAAGCAGUUGGCCUUCCAGCAGCAGCUGAUCCAGAUGCAGCAGCUCCAGCAGCAGCACAUCCUCAACCUCCAGAGACAAGGCCUGGUACCACUGCAGCCCACCGCCGCCAUGCAGUCUCUUCAGCAAGCGAUGUGUCCGUCAGACCUCCAACAGCUGUGGAAGGAGGUGUCGGGGGUGCAGAGCAGUGAGGAGGCCCUGAAACAUGCCGAGGGCCUGGACUUGAGCACCAACAGCUCUAACUCUACCUCAGCCUUCCCCAAAGCUGCCAGUGCUCACAUCCCACUGCACAGCUUGAUCAAUGGACAGAGCCACACCCCAAAGAGAGACAGAGCCCGACUGUUUGAGUGGAUAUCCUCCUUCACCAAGUCAGACAUUGGAGAUGAACAUGUCCCCCUUUACUCCAAAGGUGGCCACACCCCCAGCAGCCAUCAUGAGGAGCAUGCCGGCUCCCAUCCUCUUUACGGCCAUGGGGAGUGUAAAUGGCCUGGCUGUGAAGCACUGUGUGAGGACAUGGGACAGUUCAUCAAGCACUUGAACAAUGAGCACGCCCUAGAUGACCGCAGCACUGCUCAGUGCCGAGUCCAGAUGCAGGUGGUCCAGCAACUAGAGAUACAGCUGGCAAAAGAGAGUGAGCGACUUCAGGCCAUGAUGACCCACCUGCACAUGCGCCCCUCAGAGCCAAAGCCUUUUAACCAACCGAUGGCGCUCCUCUGUAAACAGCAGCCCAGCAGAUUGUGGAGCCUUAAACUGAACCUGGCUUCCGGUGGCUCUCUCUUAAAGCGGGACAGCGAUAUGUACCCAGAGGGUCUUCCUCACCCCCCCACCUCAGCUGCCGCCCCAAUCACCCCAAUGCGCCAGGGCCCCUCAGUCAUCAGCUCCUCCAGCCUGCACUCACACUCCCACUCCCACUCGCACGGGGUCGGGCCCAUACGAAGGCGCAACUCGGACAAGUACUGCACCCCCAUCGCCUCAGAGCUGGCUCAGAACUGUGAGUUCUACAAGAACGCUGAUGUCAGGCCUCCUUUUACUUACGCCUCUCUUAUACGCCAUGCCAUUCUGGAGUCCCCAGACAGACAGUUGACUCUCAAUGAGAUCUACAACUGGUUUACACGGAAGUUUGCCUAUUUCAGGAGAAACACAGCAACAUGGAAGAAUGCUGUGCGCCACAACCUGAGUCUGCACAAGUGUUUUGUUCGCGUUGAGAACGUGAAGGGGGCUGUGUGGACUGUGGAUGAAGUUGAAUACCAAAAGAGGAGACCACCAAAGAUGACCGGAAGUCCCACUCUUGUGAAAAACAUGAUUUCAGGCCUGGGCUUUGGAUCCCUAAACGCCAGCUACCAGGCGGCUCUGGCAGAGAGCAGUCUGUCCCUGCUAAACAGCCCCUCCAUGAUGAGCCCCUCUGCGGCCAGCCUCAACAUGCUGCAUGUGGGCCACGAUGAUGUCAGCUCCACUGUGGAGCAGGUCAACAGCAACGGCAGCUGCAGCCCCACGCUCAGCCCUCACCAGUACAGCCACCAUGUCCAUGUGAAGGAGGAGCCCACUGAUCUGGAGGAGGACAUCCGGUCAGUAUCCCUCCUGCCCGGCGCCACACACAGCCUGCCAUUGCCGAGCGACGAGCGCGACCUGGAGGAGGAUCUUCCCACCGAGGAGCUGGAGUAGGAAAGAUGCCCAUCGGACCAGAGGGAAAUCAAUCCCUGAGCCCUCUUGUCAGCGUGAAGAGGAAACGAUAGCUUCAGUACACUUAAGAGAAAAGAGAGAAAAAAGAGAUUUUUUUUUUUGUUUUUAAGAAAAUGCAAGCAACCAAGGACAACAUUGAGAAACUCCAAACAGGGUUAGAUGACCUCCGUUACUCGUAAGGCGCUAAAACAAGACAGUGGAGCACUGCUUUACCUCCAUGUGUUUCUUUUACAACACUUGGCUCAGAGGUGUAACACCACUUACCGCAUAUACACAACACAAAAAACACUUACACACACACACACGGAAUCACUUGUCAAACCUUGUGUCAUCAUCCUCCCUGGUCAGCCUCUGUGUAGAGACCCUCAGAGGUUUGGACACACACUCUUCUCCUUGCCCGACCACUCUGCAUACGCCCCCCCUCGCUGUUGUCCCAGGCUAUCUGGCUAGCUGUUUUAUCUUUACGUCAGUUGAGAAGCCACACAGGUGUGUGAGUUUGUGUGUGAGUGUGUUUGUGUUUGAAAGAGAUAGACACACACAGGAUCAUGUGUAUAUAUAUUUGGAGCAGUCACCAGGGGCUGUGCAGUACACCUCUCCUUUUCCCCCCUCCUUGAGUCAAUCACUUGCAUUUUAAUUUUUUUUAUUUGAUUGAAAUGAAACUGUCGGGCUUCAAGAUGGGAAGGGAGGAGGAGCGCUUUCAAAGAUUACCUCCAACAGUGCUCCGACACUUCUGCAGAGCAGGCUCCCGUCUCGACGGCGAGGCUGUGGCCCCAGUCUCUGUCUAAACCCCCCUUCAAGACACUUAGUGACGAACAUAUUUUAAACUCUUUGCUUCUAAGUGAGUAAAAGACAUAUUCCUUACCCCACCUCGAUCCCUUCCCAUCUCCACCCCGAAAAGACUGCAGGAAUAGGACCAUUUGGUGCUGUCCUUCUCUUCUGCUCCGUCUGCGGAUGGAACGAUGAGCUUGGAACACUUUGAGAAUGAGAAGAAAGGAGGGGAAGCAGAGAAAAAUGAGGGAGGAAGCGUCUACAGAAAAAUUGUGACUUAAAAAGAAAACUGUUCAUGAUUAUGGAGUAUAACAAGAAAAAAAAGUGUGGUAGCUUUUGUCAUUUCCUUUUUUUAUUUGAUGUUAUUAUCAUUGUUUAUUUUUGAGGAUCAAUAUUUCCAUGGUGGCGUUCUGUUUCAACGUACCUUUUCUUAGGAUGCUGUUUUUGUUUUUGUAUUGUAAAUUGUUUGAUUUAUUCUGGCUGUUCAAACCAUUCCAAAUGAGUAUUGGCAAAAACAAAAAAGAAAGCGCAGUAUUGUCCCAACUUGUGAUACCCAACCCCCACUCCUGCCCCUCUCCAUAUCUAUCCCAAGUGUAGCAGGCAAGAAAUUUGGAAAUAGCACUUAAAGUUGCCAUUAUCCAGACAUUAUUUAACAGCUGAACCUUUUUUUUUAUUUGUAUUCUCUCUUUCAUUUGUUUUUGGUUGUGUAUUUAGUUGAGAAAUAUCAGUAAUGCUUUAAAAAUAUAUAUAUUAUUACUGCAGUGAGAGAAUACCUCAUCCCACAAAGGUUCUGCCUGGAACUGUGUCCAAAUUGAUAAACAAAAAAAGGGGAAUUCUUUCUGUGGGACACCAAAUGUGGCAACUCUGCUCAGUUUCGGUUCAAAGCUCUAUGGUUGUAAUAGUUACUGUGUAGAAGCUAUCUGCAAUUCACUGUGUGAGUUUGUGUUAAAGGAAUAGCACGUGAGAUUUAUUCUUUUUGUUUUCCGUGAUCAUAAAAAGCAUUACUUUUCUCUACAGUGCCAUACCAAAUUUAACAUUUAUUUUAAACUAUUAUCUGCUUAUUCCCAUUUUAUUUUUGUUACAGGUAACCAAAGAAAUAUGUAGAAAACCAAAAACCCUGUAGUUUAUUUUGCCCUUAUGAGUUUCCUUUUUUCUUAUUCUUAAAGAAUUGGCCAAAAGACAACAAACCAGGAGUUUGAAUUCUUAUUAUUGUAUUCAUAUAAAUAUUGUGUUGAAAUUUUACAUAAUUUACAGUGCUGACCAUUCCGAAAACCAAAGUGUGUGAAGCAAACUAAGACUCGGAGACAUCAAAGCUUUUACAUGAUAAGCGGUUACAAAUGACUCACAUUUAGGUAUGAGGCCAAAAACUAGUAUUAACAAACCUCGCACAGUUCCUCUGAAAAAACUAAAAGAAAGAGAAAAGAAAAAAAAGCACUUAGAGGUGAAACCCUGUCUCUCCCACUCUCAGGCUAAACUGUGUUCCAAACACAACCCGACUGGCCCUACUGCUGUAUGAGCAGGCCUAAAAAUUAGGCACUCGUUAGGCAUUUGAACACUUUCUGCUUUACAUGAUACUUUUUCUGGUGCUGUCCUAACAAACAUUUGGAGUUUUUUAAUCUAGGGAAAAAACAGAACGCUGUAGAUCUGUAUGUAGUAUUUGCAGAAAGGGGAAGUGUACUGGUCACAUCUUUUGAGGAGUUAUUCCAAAAACAUAUUAUUUAAUAAAGAGGGAACAAGUAAAAUAUAACAUACCAAUGUAAGAGGAAAACAACCAAGGGACAUCAUGUAAUUGAAAGUUGGGUUCAUAUUUUCUUACUUUUUGUCAAACUAUCUCUUGCACUUAAAUAAUUUUCUCUUAUUUAAUGAAAGAACCUUUCUGAUGACUUUGUGUUCAAACAGGACUGUUUCCUGUCACAUUAGAGACUGAUUUAUAACAAAGUACAAAGUGGCAGACGGACAUCUUGAAACGAGAUAAAAACCAAAAAUAACACUACCUCCUUUUCAAAACGGUUCAACACAUAGCCAAUGGGAGACCGAACUAAAAUAUUUUUUUUCCUCCAUUCUUACUCGAUGAUUAUAACAAAUGCCAAAAUUGUUGUUACACUUUACUGUAUGACUGACAAGAGAAAAAAAAAGGUAUUUGGCGAUCUGGACUCCCUAACACAUCUGCUCCAGCCCAAAAACUUAGAGACGUUUCACUUUCCAUGGAAUUAAAAAAUGACUACCUCUCCUUAAACCACAUCUAAAGCACUCUCUACGUCUCUUAAGUGUGUUGUGAAGUGAAGACACACAUGGGAGUAACAUAGGCUUAGAAGCAGGGCUCUGGGUUAGUGCAACAGAGGCUCUAACCAUCCAGAUAUCCAAAGACCCUCAACACAGCGGCAGCCGCUUCGCCGAAACACUCACAGAGAUGCUGAGAGGACUAACACACACUUAAAGAAACUCAUCAAUACUACUAGUAAUAUCCAAACCCAGAGGAACUGCUGCAUACAGUACAUAGAUGAUCUCUGACUUGUGCUUUAAGGUACACCUGUAAACAAAGCUGUUUUAUAAAGAUGUAGAUUGUUCACAGGUCGCCAUGUAACACUUCUGUUCUUUCUCCAGCUUGGCAUAACAUGAUGUAUUCUUGUAUAUUAAUGCUUGACUUAUCUCUCCAGGGCAUUCUUUCCCGUUCUUUCCUUUUGAUUUUUCUGAUCUCCUGUCUUUUUUUUUUCUGCACCUGUUUAGCUAUUGUAAAGCUUUCAGCUCUGAUUCCUAUACUGUACUGCUAAUGCUGAAGUAUAUGUAUUUAUCAUAUUAAGUGCUGCAGGUAUCUUGGUUUAUUAGUUUUUGUUUUGUUUGUUUCCAUUUUUUCAGUUCUUCAUAAAACGUCUGGGACGAUGAUUUUUUAAGUGUAUUAUCUCAAAAAAAAAUUAAAAGAAUAAAAGUUAGAUCAGUGGUUUAGGUAACACCUGUUUGUAUAUUUAUCUUAGCUAGGUCUAUUUUGAUACUUUUUUGUCUCUGUACUGCAUUUAUGCAUUUUUAAGGAAAGAAAAACAAAACAAAUGGAAAACAAACUAAAAAGUUUCUUCAUUAUGUAUUGAUACCUCAGAAGGACUUUUUCUCAAAGACAGGACCAAAACCUCUGAAAAGAAAAAGAGAAAGAGGAAAAAUGUAUGAAUAUGUAGCCCCUCUCUUGCUUUAAAAAAAUCGCGGAGCUCUAGAAAGAUAUUGCUGUUGGUCCUCUCAGGUGCCAAUAUGUGUCCCAGCUCCCUGUGACCCCACCCUCUGACCCCUGACCCCUGUCAUUCCUGUGCUGAACUCCGACCCACAGAGCUGCCAAUCAUCUGCAGGCGCCAUGGGGGUGUCACUGAGUCACACACCUGGCUGGUGGUGACCAGUCACAGACCUCAUCUCCCAGUCCCACAGAGACAGAUCAAAGCCAGACAUUGUUGCAUUUUUGAUACUCCUCCUCAUGUAGUCUCAAUACCAAAAUGUGGAAUGGCUCUCAGAGAUGCAGCUCACCCUCUGACUACCAAAGGCAUUGAAAGCAACCAUUUGCUUAGUCCAAACUCCUGAACUGUAACCAAACUGUAACCAAACCAAUGCCACAACCUUAACCAAACAAAAACCAAGCUACUUCCAAAAGUCUCCAUCGACUUCACUGAUAGCUGUUCUCUCGUACAUCCACGUAAGGUGUUGUAGGAGCGGCCUGCAUCCUAUUGGCUGGUGACUGACUCAAAGGACACGGGUGCCCAAAUCCUGACUUGUGAUUGGACAGUUCUGAGGUGUCAUGUGAGGGGAAGGGACUCUCAAAGUGGAGCAUUGCCUGACGGUAUUAUCACGUAGAUAGCCAGAAUCUGAUGGAACUACCACUUCAGCUGUCCUCUGGUUAAACCUAAGGAAUGUGUGUACAUUUUCAGCAGUGACUCUCUAUUGUUUCUUAGUUUCAGUUUACCUGUUUACCUCUCUUUUUCCUUUGGUUUUUGUUCUGUUUCUUGUUAUUUGAAAGUGUGACCCGAGGAAGAGGUGGGUACAGGGACUGGGCAGCGGCUUUAGACAGAAAGUGGAGCCCAGCCCUCUGACCCUCCACCCCGGGCAGCCAUGUAAUGCCAGUCACUGCCCUUUCCUUCAUGCUGUAUAAAAAAACACACACAUAUAUCUGUGUAUUUGUAACCUGAAUCUUCUUGUGUCUGUCCAUGCAGACAAUAAAAAAACUGUACAGUAGGUCUAGUUGCAUGUAAUCUGUACUAAUUAUUGACAAUGGCAUUAUAAAAUGCAAUAAAAUACUUAUUACACUGUC